AUGUCGAUGGUUGUCGUAGAGCAUGCCCUGGACGUGGAUGGAGUCGUCGCAGUAGCGGCAGAAGAGGGCCUGGCCUCCAGGCAGAAGACAACGUUCCCAGAGGAAGACGAAGCUCCUCGCGCUUCCCUCAUCGUGGCUAGCAUGCAUGAUGGCGGCAGGCGGCUCGCGAUUAGCUUCAUAAUAGGAUGGAUACGUCCGAGAUAA